CUCGGUUCGUUCGUGCCUCGCAUGUAAACUUGUCUUUCUCUUUCUUCCUCUCUCUCUCGCCCUGGCCUGUCCCUCAACUGCAGCAGCAAAGCUGCAGAAGACACAUUCUCUUCCUCCUUUUUGCGUCUUAAUUUAUAGCAGAAAAACCAGGAACUCAGUUCCCCAAAACACAAACACUCCCCUCCUCAUUUCUUGGCUUGUAACAGAAUCAGCAAAGAAAAUUCUGUCACUCUCUUUCUGUCUUUCUCAUUCGGCCAGUAGCUUAGAAAGGUAGAAAUCUCUCUCUAAACUCUCCUUCUCUCUCUCGGUCUAUGAACAAAGAAGCACAAAAAUCUUUCCCUCCAUCACUCGGUCUAAAUCCAGAAACAGAACAAAACUUCCAUGUCCUUGCACUUCCUGGCCAAGCAAUAGAAAAAGAAAAGAACACUCUGUGUUCACAAUCGGAUAGCAGUCAGCAAACCAGAAGCCAGCAUGGUUGAUUGACUUGAUUCGAGUUCCCGGCCCUUUCCACGAACGUACAAUAUAAAACAAGCAAAAAUCGAUUAUCGGUUAAUUAAUUCGUGAGAAACAUCAACAUGCAUGACAACGACGUACGUGUGGAAUUUUCAAACACGCGUCUAUAAGUCAAUAUUCAAUAGUACUGAAUUCUGAGAUUGAUCGGCAAACAGUGCGACAAGGAGAGUGAUAAUUAAGUGAGUCAAGCUUCUCGAUAGUAAGAUAUGUCGACAAUUGCUGAGAAACAGCAUCCUAGCCACCCACACCAGCUUACAUUAAUGAGUGUCCAGACACCUUAUCGUUGUCAUGGCUGUAAAAAUGAAGGUUGUGAGCCAUGUUACCAGUGUUGGGACUGUGGCUUUUAUCUUCAUGAGCAAUGCGCUUUAGGCUCCCGAACCCACCACCCGUUCUUUAAGGAACGCUUCUUAUUUUCUGAUAAGCCGUCCAUAGAUCCGAGGCACGUAGGAUUUUGUAAUGCAUGUGGGGAGAGUGUCCAAGGGUUCAGGUAUACGGCUGACUGUAAAAAUGAACCAGCUGUCUUCUUACAUCCUUGUUGUUUGAAGCUCCCACUUGUGAGGACAGACGUAGACCUCGAAGGGGUGACUGUAAAGCUCAGUAAAAAGAUCUCGUGGCCAUCAAAGUGCCUAAAAUGCCAGAGUAGGAAAUUAUCGCCAGAGGUUCGGGGCUGGGCUUAUGUCUCCACUUGUGGCAAUUAUCAUUACCAUGUGGCAUGUGUGAAGGGCUUGAUUCUGGAGAAAUGGAGAAAGGAUUAUUUCGACAGACAAAGUGACGGCGGAGAAACGACAAGUACUAUGAGCUUGGUAGUAGAGCAUGGGAACUUGACUGGAAGGAAAGCUAGAAGGCUAAGCUCGCGGAAGAUACAAAGGGUUCUUCAGCUCGUUGUUGCUGCAAUUUUUGGAGACGGAAUUUCGACUUUUAUUCAGCUUAUUGUAUCUGGCAUAUCCGCAUAGAAAAAUUUGGUAGAGUGACUCUUGGAAGUGUAAAAGUUCUUCCUUAAAAUUAAUUAUUCUCUUUUCUAAAUGUAGAAAUAAAAAUAUAGAUUCUUUU